AUCAUUUUGUUUUUAGACAAUUAUUUCGUUGAUUUUUUUGUGUCAAGGAAGUAAACAGUUUUUUUUGUCAUGAAUAUAAAUAAAUUUACUGUGUGCUAGAACAUGAAAUAAAAAAUACAAUUCUUUGAUAUACAAGUAAAUCGCUUCUUGUGAAUACUUUAGCUGAAAUAGGGCUACCAAUGAUGUCAUUCAUUCAGAGGCUUGCUAAAAGUCUUAGAAGUGCAAGAACAGUUGAACUUCCAGAAGAUGCCAAGUCUGCUUUUUAUAUGUUGAUGCCAAUGGUCAUUGGAAACCAGCACAAGUCUGUGGAAAAGUUACUAGAAUUUGGUACCAAAUAUAUUAUAAACUACAAGUGUGGUUUGCAUGGCUCCCGGACAUCUCUACUUCAUAUCGCCGCCAACUGCGGGUCAUAUGAAUGUUUGAACCUGUUAAUCAAGAAAGGAGCUGAUGUAAAUGCCCGGGACAUGUCUGGCUGUACACCGUUACAUCUUGCGGCCAGAAAUGGGCAGAAGAAAUGCCUUGUUAGUCUUCUAGAACAUAAAGCCAAUGUGAAGAUCAGAAGUAAUGAGGGACUUACAGUGCUUCACUGGUUGGCUGUGAAUGGUAGAGCUGAAAUGCUGAAGGACUUGUUCCAGUAUAUCAGUGAUGUGGACAUCGGGGAUGCUCAAGGUCAGACAGCUUUACAUGUUGCUUGUCAAAAUGGUCACAAGUCUACUGUACUCUGUCUUCUGGAGCAUGGAGCAGACGUCAACAGACCAAACAAUUUUGGAUGGACACCAUUACAUUUUGCUUGCAGUAAUGGUCAGCAUGACACAGCCAACUUCCUGUUGAUGAAAGGGGCGAAGAUUUCAACAGUCAGUACCCCUGUCUGUGGUGAGGAGGAAGAUAUUGCAGGAGGUAGACAGGGAGGUAGUGAUCGCACCCACACCAAAACUCCACUCGAACUCUGUGUAGAGGGCGGUUACAGUGAGACGUGUGAUAUUCUGAUCCGACAUUGGCCAAAGUUGUUCCCUCAUCUCAUCAGCAUGGUGGCUAAUAAAAACAUCAAUGAAGCAAUGGUUUUGAAGGUGCUAAAGUAUUUAUGUGUUCACAAUGACCUUGACCUGACAGUAAAAGUGUUCUCCGCACUAGCUCAUGACGCAACCAACAUUGGACAUAGUGUCUUAAGCAUGUCAACAGAUGCAGAGUCUCAAGUUUUAUGCUUACUGCGUUGUGUAAAGAUUCUUACACAGUUAUAUUCCAAGUUGAUUCGACACUACAGUAACAACAAUAUCAUCAGUGCUGACCAAGCAGAAAAUGUCUUGCUCAAAACUUUCCAGCCUCUGGAGUUGCUAUGGCAACUUAUGGAAGAAUGGCUGAGCAUAGUGAAAGAAGAAGUUCAGUGUUCUAAGACAGCUAAUGGUUCACAGCGUAAUGCUAAAUCAGCACCACCAGACCUACAGGUGGCCUCUGAGCAGACUGGGGCUGGUACCCUGUCCGAGGAUCAAGCUGUAAACCAGGCUGUGAACAGUGUUCAUGUUAAAAAUUCCAGUAAAGGUGCUACCAUGGACAACCCAUCCUUGCACCUUUGUACCGAAAGUGCUGCUGGGAAGGAUAGUGCUGUACGUCGAAGGAAACAGUUGUCUGUAGAUGGCCAUGACCUUGAUGUACUGGAGGUAAUGGUACCAAGGUUGUGUGGGGUGAUCCAUGCAUACUACCUAGUAUGUACCUGUGACAGUGGCUCAACUGAAGACACCUCAGCAAGAUUUGUACAGUUUGUUGGUGAUAAUGAAGCUUUACUGAUGUCCCUAGUAGAAAGAAAGCCAACCAUGAUAUUUGAUCAUUUUCAUUUCCUGCUGGAUGUACCAGAAAUGAUGACAGUUUUCCUGCCUAUUGUUAGAAAGCAGCCAUUUGAAUCCAGAAGAAAUUGGUUUUAUGAAAAAUUAAGUAAAGACCUGGAAGUAGAGACACCAGGGUCAGAUAACUCUCCACAACCACUAAUGGAGGAGGAAGAGGAAGCAUUGCUCAUAACUAGAGAUGCAUUGUUCCAAAGUAGUUGCUCACAAAUUUUAAAGAAGAGUCCAGAUAGAUUGAAAAGAAUGCUCAAUCUUCGCUUUGAUGGUGAGGAAGGAAUGGGUCAGGGAGUAGUGAGAGAAUGGUUUGAUGUUCUGUCAAAAGAAAUCCUUAAUCCAGACUAUGCAUUGUUUACCCAGUCAGCCGAUGGUAGUACGUUCCAGCCAAACAGUAAUUCCUCAGUAAAUCCUGACCAUCUCAACUACUUCCGGUUUGCUGGUCAGUGUCUGGGCCUGGCCUUGUAUCACAAACAGCUUAUCAACGCCUAUUUUACAAGAUCUUUCUACAAGCAUAUCCUGGGAAUACCUGUCAAUUACACAGAUGUUGUCUCAAUAGAUCCAGAAUAUGCCAAAAACUUACAAUGGAUUUUGGACCAUGACAUUACUGAUCUUGGACUAGAUCUGACAUUCUCUGUGGAGACUGAUGUGUUUGGGUACAUGGAAGAGAUGGAUCUAAAACCAGGUGGCAGUAAAAUACCAGUCACUGAAAAGAACAAAGCAGAAUAUGUGCAACUAGUCACAGAAUUACGAAUGACUCGUGCAAUACAACCUCAGAUUGACAGUUUCUUGUCUGGCUUCCAUGCAUACAUUCCACGUAAACUCGUUCGACUGUUUGACGAGUAUGAGCUGGAGUUGCUGUUGUCAGGGAUACCAGAAAUAGAUAUACAAGACUGGAAAGAUAAUACAACAUACAUUGACUGCACUACAGAAUCUAAGGCAGUGAAGUGGUUCUGGGAAAUACUGAAAGAAUUUACAGAGCAAGAGAAAGUGUUAAUGUUACAAUUUGUUACUGGAAGUUCCCGGCUUCCAUUUGGCGGCUUCAGUAAACUUACAGGAGGAGGUGGACCACAGAAGUUCUCAAUUAGUUUGGUGCCAUAUACACAAGAUCUGUUACCCACUGCCAGUACAUGUAUUAAUUUCCUGAGGCUGCCAGAUUAUCCCAGCAAAGCUCUCACCAAGGAGAAGAUUCUAGUGGCUUUACAGUGUGGUAGCCAGGGAUACGCACUGGCUUAAUGCUGUUAUUUAUAGUGAAGACUCUAUAAAGAUGUUUCUACAUGACUUCUUACGUAAAUUGCCAGUACAUAACUUGUACUAUAAACCAGUCUAUAGUACAUCACAGUUUAGCUGGACUAAAGUCAGAAAGGAAUAGAAAAUUAAAAUUAAUUUCUAAUACCAUGUACUAAAACGCAUAUUGAAUGGCUUUCAGGUCAAUAGUCAGAUAUAUUUGCCUUUGCAUCUCCGGCAGAUAAUUUUCACUUUUGAUCGGCGAACCAUUCAAAAUCUGUGUACUGGUUUAAUGUCACUUUUUAUAGUGAAAACUGCAAAACAUACUUUUUGUUUUGUUUUGUUUUUUACCUUACUCUGUAGUGGCCACACUUAAUGAUACUAUUUGUUUUGAAAUCUUUUCAUAGUUAAGUUAUUAAACACAUUGAAAUCUG